AUGGAAAAAGAAGGAAAAAUGGUUAGUCGAGGAAUACUUAUUUUUUGCGUUGUGUUUUUUGUAGGGAAUAUUAAUGCCAAUAUUCCACGUAUAUUAAAUGGACAUGCUGCAAAUAUUGAAGAUUUUCCUUAUCAAGCCUCCAUUCGCAGAGAAAAUAUACAUAUAUGUGGCGGUUCAAUUAUAAGUGAAAGACACGUUCUCACAGCCGGUCAUUGCGUUUAUAACGAAUUUCCACCUUACUUCUGGUUACGAGUGAUUACCGGGACAAGUUAUAGAUUCGAAGGAGGAACAGUUCAUGAAAUUGCUGAUAUUAUUGUUCAUCCAGAAUACUUUACCGACGAUAACAGAGCAAUGAAUGAUGUCGCCGUCAUCACGCUAAAAGAUAUAAUAGUUUUCAACGAGUGGCAACAGAAAAUUAGUCUUCCUACUCAUAAAUUUACUGCUGGACAAAGAGUUAACUUAACAGGUUGGGGACGAGUGCAACAAAUGCCCCCAAUUCGUCCUCAGCAGCUUCAGAAGCUCGAAACGGAGCUCAUAUCUCUAGAAGAAUGCCAACAGCUAAUGAUCGAUCCCGAACAGACGAAACUUGAUCGUAGAGAUACUUGCACUAUCGUAAUAAAAAAUACUGGCAUGUGUUUGGGCGACAGUGGUGGUCCAUUAGCUGUAAAUGGUGAGCUUGUAGGUAUCGUCUCAUGGACCGAUGGAGAUUAUUGCGCUGGUGGUCAUCCAGAUGUAUAUGUUAAUGUCUAUACAUUCAAAAAUUUCAUCGAAAUGGUUAUGAAAGAAACAGAGAUAUCAUGA